AAACGCAUCCCCAAUCAUUUUGGACCUUUCCUUCCAACACCAGGACAGUGAACUUCGUUUGCUUCCGUCUCCCCUGUUGAAAGUUUGUUUUGCUUACCACAUUCGGCUUGGCAAUAUCCGCCGAUGAUCGGUGAAGUUACCGCUUCUGUUACUUUACGUGGCAAGAACAGAGCUGUGCGUAUUUACUGCUUCUAACAGAUUAUGAUAUCUCUGCUUUGUCACUGGACGUAUAUGGCCUCAACCAAUCAUGCGUUACAAGAUAAGGCCUACCUCAAAAGCAAUCACUUCUUUCCUUUUUUGAGGAACCAAGAGUUCAACACAUUAUUGAGGGAUUGUUUUCGUAGAAGCAAAAGUGGGAAAUGGGUGUGCGGAUCUCGAAAGCGUUGGCCAUUCUCAGGCAUUUCUCGGUGGUGGUUUUGGUGAUGAUGGGAAUGCUGAGCUUUUCAUGCUACUCCAAGUGCGAGUUCAGGGCGAUAUUCAACUUUGGCGACUCCAACACCGACACAGGUGGGUUCUACGCGGCUUUCCCUGCGCAAACUGGGCCAUUUGGGAUGACCUACUUUAAGCAGCCAUCGGGGCGGGCAUCAGACGGAAGGCUCAUCGUUGACUUCUUGGCACAGGCUCUAGGACUGCCAUUUCUGAGUCCAUAUCUGCUAUCAAUUGGGUCUGACUACAGACAUGGGGCCAACUACGCGACGCUGGCAUCAACCGUGCUCCUGCCAAACACAUCCUUAUUUGUAUCCGGGCUCAGUCCUUUUGCUCUUCCCAUUCAGCUCAACCAAAUGAAGGCAUUCAAGGCCAGGGUCGAUGAAUUUCACUCCUCCGGCCAGAAGGGAACAAAUCUACCUUCACCAGAUAUAUUUGGGAAGUCCAUUUACACAUUUUACAUUGGUCAGAAUGACUUCACAUCCAAUUUAGCAUCUGCUGGUAUUGGUGGAGUGCAGCAGUAUCUUCCUCAAGUUGUGGCCCAGAUUGCUGCAACUAUCAAGGAGCUAUAUGCCUUGGGAGGGCGUACUUUUUUCGUGCUAAACCUUGCUCCGAUCGGCUGUUAUCCAGCCUUUCUGGUGGAGCUCCCUCACGGCAGCUCCGAUCUCGACGCUCAUGGAUGCAUGAUUUCUUACAACAAUGCGGUGGUCGAGUACAACAAAUUGUUGAAUGACACAAUGGCUCAAACCAGAGCUUCCCUUCAUAAUGCCAACCUCAUUUACGUCGACACCCACUCCGUUUUGCUAGAGCUAUUUCGGCAUCCCAAGAAUCAUGGACUCAAAUAUGGUACCAGGGCAUGCUGUGGACAUGGGGGCGGCGAGUACAACUUCGAUCCUCGAGUCUUCUGUGGCAGUAGCAAAGAGAUAAAUGGCAGCUUGCUAACUGCUUCAGCUUGCAAUGACCCCUCCAACUAUGUAAGCUGGGACGGAAUACACGCCACUGAAGCUGCUAACAAGCUAAUUACCUGGGCCAUCAUAAACGGAUCUUACUUCGAUCCGCCGUUUUCUCUCAACCAGCAUUGCGAUCUCCAACCUAUAGGUUGAUUGUUAGUAAUCUACAGCCUUGGACGCUGCUACUCUUACAGCGAUGACCCGUUAAAUGUAAUAAGACUUCAUUCGUACUUUGAAGUAUCAAAUAACAAGGUAGGCCGAAUCUUUGAACUCGGAGAAAUUGCGCAAGGAAGAGAUGAAUCAAUAGU